AUGCCAGAAAAUAGUAUUGAUAGCACUCGUCUUGUUACCCUUCUCUUGGAUGACUUUAAUGAUGAGAACAAGAAUAAUUAUUUAUUUUCCAAAUUGAAGGAAACAAUGCAGAGAAAACUUUUAUUGUCAACCGAGAAAUGGCUCCACUCUGUUGUCAUUGACAUUAAUGGAAAUUUUGAUCGUUUCAUUACUGAUAUUCAUCACCCGAAUCAUUCCUUGUUGUGUUUUAGUCCAAGAGCUCUCAAAUUUCACACUGAAAACAAUGAAGCUGUUAUCAAAAGAUAUCAUCACAAGACAGGAGAUCAAUGGAUUCAUCCACAGCAUGGUGUUUUAUUCGAAGGAGGGUAUUUAAGUAAUUCUUCAGUUCUGUAUCCUCCAGUUGAGUUAUUUAAUCCAACUGGAUUUACUGUAUUAUUGAGGGCAUUUGCUGAGUCAACUGAUAGAGGAGUAAUAAUCAUGUUUGGACGAGGAUACAGAUGGUUUGGUAUUGAUCCAUUUGGAAUUAGUUUGAGCAAUGGUGAAAAACAUUUCGAGUUUGCAAAUCAAUUGAAAUUAAGACAGUGGAAUGAUGUGUGGGUUUCGUAUAAUAAUGUACAAUCUCCUGGCACAUUUAAUGAAUCAUGUCGUGUCUUUACUCACAAGAAUUCGAAUACAAAGAAGGAAAUAUUUUGCAUUGUGAAUGGAAAUGAAUACCAAUUUGAAGUUCCAAUCGAUAAUAGGGUUCUUUCUCUAACAGAUAAUUAUUAUAUAGAAGAUGAAAUGGGAAUGGAAUUUAUUGAUUAUUCAUGUGCUAAUUGCUUUACAGGGUUUUUCUCCAGUUUAGUUUUAUUCAAUCAAAGUUGUAAUAGUUUUGAUGACUUGAAAUUGGUUGCCUCAAACUUUUUGGAAAAUCAUUCCAAACCAACUGAAACCUAUCAAGAAGUAUUAAAAGAUAAAUCCAACUAA